AUGGACACCAACAGCCAAAACUACAAACACUAUUUUGCCCGAAUACCAGUCAAAGACUGGUUGUUUCGUAAAGCAUAUUCCGUAUAUGAACAAGACCUCGGUGGCAGCGUUGACAUUUGUGGUGUGAUAAAAAAGGAUUUGAAUGAUGACGAUUUGAAGUCGAAAAGAGGAGCGAAGGGCAAGAUACGCGAAAUCUUGGAGGAUCUCAAGUUUUUUGAGAAGUAUGUUGGAAAGUCAAGAGCGGCAUCACCUUCCUCAGCAGGUCCGUCCACCGUAAUAAAUGUUACAGGCGAUAACAAUGACACAUAUAACUCUUGCUCGAAUAUCACCAAAAACGUGUUUGCUCUGGGAGAUAAACGAAGAUUGGAUAUCGAAAUGAACAGAUUGAGUUGGCCAAUGUUAAGCGAGGAAAACACUCCUACACGUUCUUACCUGGAAGCAUGA